CUCAGCCCGCUGACAGUGACAAAUGACCCAGAGCAGGGCGAGGGCUGCUGAGACCCUGCGGCCAUCAGGUAGGCUCUACAGGAUACGGAGUCCAUCCUCAACUCCAGGCCUCUUGGGAGGCAGACAGAUGGACGUAGAGCCCUGGGCCACCUAGCCAAGGGAGGCCUGAGCCUCUCAGAUGCAAUGGACCCCCAGCAGCCUUGAGCAGGGGGGUCCAGAUGUGGUCCAGGCCUCAUCUCUUUAGUCAGCCCAUCCUGAACCCUCCUAGAAGAUGGAGAGCAGGCACCAAGACAGAGAGCAGAUGGAGAAAGGAAGAUCAGCAUGGCGCCCCAGAUCACAGAGCCAAGCUAUCACAGGCACAGUUAGCUAGAGCCCAAAACCAGCCCCAGUGUCUUCCCGCUGAGCCUCAGGAACAGCAACACAGCCAGGCAAGUGGUCAUCGCCUGCCUGGUCCAAGGAUUCUUCCCGGAAGAGCCCGUGUCAGUGACUUGGAACCCCAGCAAGGACGGCGCGUCCAUCAGGAACUUCCCUUCAGCAAAGUCUGCUUCUGGGAACCUGUACACCAUGAGCAGCCAGCUGACCCUGCCAGCCAGGCAGUGCCCCGAUGGCGCGUCCCUGGAAUGCCCUGUGGAGCACUAAUCCACCGCCAGCCCGCCCGUGACCGUGCCCUGCAAAGGGAAAGAUUGCCGGGAGCCACUUCCCUGGCUGGUGCUGGACCUGCCGCAGGAGAGCCUGGAGGAAGAUGCCCCGGGAGCCAGUCUGUGGCCCACCACGGUCACCCUGCUCACCCUCUUCCUACUGAGUCUCUUCUACAGUACAGUGCUGACGGGGACAAAUGUGCGGGGCCCAACCGACAGCAGAGAGGGCCCCCUGUACUGAGCAGAAGCUGCCAGGCACACGGGUCGGGGGAGGAGUCUGGAGGAGCCUCCGGAAAGCCCAGCUGGAUGUCAGAGCUCAGCCAAGCUCAGAAGCUGCCCGCCCACCCCUACACACAGGCCUUGCUGGUACAAUAAACUGAUCCCAAAGGCAAA